AUGACAAUAACCAAGCAUCUAAUUCGCUUCGACACGUAUGUGAAGCGGCAUCCGUCCCUCACCGCAGAAGAGUUUCAUCACACCUGGAGUGCUAGUCACGCUCAGUUGUUGAAGAAUUGGUUGGCACGCCAUGGCGUAUAUCGCUAUACCCUUUUCCACACCCCACCAGCCAUGGCCCAGCAGUACCUGGGCCAGGGGCCCGCCGACAGCGAUCAGGUAGUGGCAUCCUUUGAUGGGCACGCGGAGAUUGUCUUAGAAAAUUGGGAAAUCCUGAGCCGCCUGCGUGCAGAUCCCUACUAUCAAGAGGUGGUGGAGCCGAGCGAGGCUAAAUUGAUCGAUAAGGCGUCUGUUGUGAGAAGGGUGGGAUAUGAGGAGGUCUGGGUGUCAGAUGGCAAGGCUGCCGACUAG